UCCAACCCACCCCAAAAAAGCAUAGAAACACACACGGAAAAAUCUCAAAACUCCGAUCAAAAUAACACCCACAAUUCAAAUUUAGUCAAAAUUCUUCACCCCUUUUUUAGUGUACCAUACGAGCUAGCGAUUGACGUCAUUGCUGGUGGAGUUUGGGAGAUUUGAACAGUAGCUAUGACUUCUCUUCAGCUAUUACAGUUGACGGAGCGGGGUCGUAGCCUGAUUUCGGGUCGCAGGAGAACAUUAUUGCUGGCCACUGGCAUUAUAGUUGCUGGUGGGACUGCUGCAUAUGUGCAAUCACAUGGCAGGGGUAGAAGGCCCAGUGGAACUGGUCAAUCCAAUGGAUUGGGAGAUGAAGAUGAACAAGCAGAGUUGGAUGUUGGGAACAAUAGUGUUAUUAGAAGAAGUAGGCAAAAGAAAGGACUAAAAUCGCUCCAGGUUCUGGCUGCAAUUCUCUUAUCCCAUAUGGGGAGGAUGGGUGCAAGGGAUCUUUUGGCACUUUUGGCCACAGUGGUGUUACGAACUGCUGUGAGCAAUAGGUUAGCGAAAGUUCAAGGAUUUCUAUUUCGUGCUGCUUUUCUUCGACGCGUACCGGCCUUUGUUCAGUUGAUUCUUGAAAACAUUACCUUAUGUUUUGUUCAAUCAGCUUUGAAUUCUACAUCGAAGUAUAUAACAGGGACCUUAAGCUUGAGGUUCAGAAAAAUACUAACAAAGCUUAUUCAUGCACAAUAUUUUCAGAACAUGAUAUACUACAAAAUGUCCCAUGUUGAUGGCCGAAUAACUAAUCCUGAGCAAAGAAUAGCGAGCGAUGUACCAAGGUUCUGCUCAGAAUUGAGUGAUCUUGUACAGGAAGAUCUUACUGCAGUUACUGACGGCCUGCUAUAUUCCUGGCGCCUGUGUUCUUAUGCAAGCCCAAAGUAUAUAGUUUGGAUAUUGGCUUACGUGCUAGGAGCAGGAGCCACCAUCAGAAAUUUCUCUCCUGCAUUUGGUAAAUUGAUGUCUAAAGAACAACAACUUGAAGGUGAGUAUAGACAACUUCAUUCAAGGUUGAGGACUCAUGCAGAAAGCAUAGCAUUUUAUGGUGGUGAAACUAGAGAAGAAUCCCAUAUUCAGCAGAAGUUUAAGGCACUUGUCCAUCAUUUGAAAGUUGUCCUUCACGACCAUUGGUGGUUUGGCAUGGUUCAGGAUUUCUUAUUGAAGUAUCUUGGUGCUACUGUUGCUGUUAUCCUAAUCAUAGAGCCUUUCUUUUCUGGCACUUUGAGACCGGACACCUCAACAUUAGGACGGGCAGAGAUGUUGAGCAAUCUGAGAUACCAUACCAGUGUGAUAAUAUCACUAUUUCAGUCCUUGGGAACUCUUUCCAUAAGUUCCAGACGGCUUAAUCGUCUAAGUGGCUUUGCAGAUCGUAUUCACGAACUUAUGGCUAUAUCUAGAGAGUUAAGUCCAAAAGAUGUACCGUCUUUGCAAAGGAGAGGGAGUAAGAAUUAUAUAACUCAGGCAGACUACAUAGAGUUUGAUGGAGUGAAGGUGGUUACUCCAAGUGGCAAUGUUUUGGUGGAAGACUUGACUUUAAAGGUCGAAUCAGGGUCUAAUCUUUUAAUCACAGGACCAAAUGGUAGUGGCAAAAGCUCACUGUUCCGAGUUUUGGGAGGCUUAUGGCCGUUGGUGUCUGGACAUAUUGUAAAACCUGGGGUUGGUUCUGAUCUCAAUAAAGAGAUUUUCUAUGUUCCCCAACGACCGUAUACAGCUGUAGGAACACUACGUGACCAGUUGAUAUAUCCUCUUACUGCGGAUCAAGAAGUUGAACCUCUCACCCACAGCAAAAUGGUUGAGCUAUUGAAAAAUGUUGACCUUGAGUAUUUAUUAAAUCGUUAUCCACCUGAAAAAGAGAUAAAUUGGGGUGAGGAGUUGUCUCUUGGGGAGCAACAAAGACUGGGAAUGGCAAGGCUUUUCUAUCACAAACCCAGAUUUGCAAUUCUUGAUGAAUGUACCAGUGCCGUGACAACUGAUAUGGAAGAACGCUUUUGUGCCAAAGUCCGAGCAAUGGGAACAUCAUGCAUCACUAUAUCUCACCGGCCUGCUCUUGUUGCGUUCCAUGAUGUGGUACUGUCGUUGGAUGGGGAAGGGGGUUGGAGAGUUCACGACAAAAGGGAGGAUUCCCGUGUCCGUAGUGGUACUGAUAUCGAAUUUGUUAAAUUGAAGUCAUCUGAAACAGAACGUCAAAGUGACGCAAUGGCAGUUCAACGUGCAUUUGCUACAAGAAAUGAUUCUGCUUUUUCCAGUUCAAAGUCUCAGUCAUAUUUUUCUGAGUUAAUAGCUGCGUCUCCAGCUGAGGAUCUUAGUACCUUGUUGCCUGUUGUCCCACAACUGCAAAAUGAUCCCCGGGCAUUGCCAUUAAGAAUUGCUGCCAUGUUUAAAAUACUGGUGCCCACAGUACUUGAUAAGCAGGGAGCACAACUUCUUGCUGUUGCCGUUCUUGUGGUCUCAAGAACUUUAAUAUCAGAUCGUAUAGCUUCUUUAAAUGGAACAACCGUGAAAUAUGUUUUGGAGCAAGAUAAAGCAUCCUUUAUACGGUUGAUUGGCUUUAGUGUCCUUCAAAGUGCUGCUUCUUCAUUUGUCGCACCUUCUUUAAGGCACUUGACUGCCAGGCUUGCACUUGGAUGGAGGAUUCGCUUGACUUCACACUUACUGAAGAAUUACCUGAGGAAGAAUGCGUAUUACAAGGUAUUUCACAUGUCAGGAGAUACCAUUGAUGCAGAUCAGAGACUAACACAAGAUCUGGAAAAGUUAAGCACUGAUUUGUCAGGGUUGGUUACAGGAAUGGUAAAGCCAUCUGUCGACAUUUUAUGGUUCACGUGGAGGAUGAAGUUGUUAACAGGUCGCCGCGGUGUUGCUAUACUAUAUGCAUACAUGCUACUAGGUUUAGGCUUUCUAAGGAGUGUCACUCCAGAUUUUGGUGAUCUAGGAAAUCGAGAACAAGAACUCGAAGGGAGCUUUAGGUUCAUGCACGAGAGGCUGCGUACCCAUGCUGAAUCUGUUGCUUUCUUCGGAGGUGGUGCUCGAGAAAAAGCGAUGAUCGAGUCAAGAUUUAAUGAGCUUCUUGUUCAUGCGAAUAUACUUCUAAGGAGGAGAUGGUUAUUUGGCAUACUAGAUGACUUUGUCACAAAACAACUACCUCACAAUGUUACCUGGGGAUUGAGCUUGCUAUAUGCUAUGGAGCACAAAGCUGACCGUUCAUUGACUUCCACUCAAGGUGAGCUGGCACAUGCAUUGCGGUUUUUGGCAUCUGUUGUAUCUCAAAGCUUCUUGGCAUUUGGUGACAUUUUGGAGCUGCACAGAAAGUUCAUUGAACUCUCUGGUGGUGUUAAUCGUAUUUUCGAACUUGAAGAGCUUCUUGAUGCUGCACAAUCUGAUGAGACUGUUGGUACUUCAUCGCAGUCUGAUGAGAUGCACGAGGAAUCUGAUGAUAGUAUCUCUUUUUCUGAGGUUGAUAUUAUUACCCCAUCACAGAAAUUAUUGGCCCGGAAAUUGACAUGUGAUAUAGUACCAGGGAAAAGCCUUCUUCUUACUGGUCCAAAUGGGAGCGGUAAAAGUUCCGUGUUCAGGGUUCUCCGAGGUCUUUGGCCUAUAGCCGAUGGACGACUUGUUAAACCGUGCCACAAUGUUAAUGACGAGGUUGAAUCUGGUUGUGGCAUAUUAUACAUCCCUCAAAAGCCAUAUACUUGUUUGGGGACAUUACGAGAUCAAAUUAUAUAUCCUCUCUCGCAUGAGCAAGCAAAGCAAAGGGCAUUAAAUUUGUAUCAAGGAGGGCAAAUAGAUGUAAACAUUUUGGAUACGCAUCUGAAAACGAUUUUAGAGAGUGUGAAAUUAUCUUACCUUUUCGAAAGAGAAGGGAGAUGGGAUGCUAGUCAGAACUGGGAAGAUAUCCUGUCUCUUGGGGAACAACAGAGAUUAGGCAUGGCUCGCUUAUUCUUUCACAAGCCUCGGUUUGGCGUCCUUGAUGAAUGCACCAAUGCUACAAGUGUCGAUGUUGAAGAGCACUUGUAUAGGCUUGCACGCGAUAUGGGCAUCACUGUUAUUACAUCAUCACAGCGCCCUGCAUUAAUACCCUUUCACUCGUUGGAGUUACGAUUAAUUGACGGUGAAGGCAAAUGGGAGCUUCGAUCAAUCAAACAAUGAGUCGAAAAAUCUGUUCCGAAAACAAUUAAUUCUGUGGCAGACCCUUAUUUGGUGUUUGAUAAAAAAAUUGAAUGAAAUAAAGAAGACUAGAAAUAGGGUAUACAACUAUAUUUGAUUAUUUCAUGUAAUAUAAGAGAGAGUGAGAGAGAGGAGAGAGAAACAUAUGUAUAUUUGUUUUGUUGUAAAGAAACAGGACUAACUUCUACAGUUAUAUUUGAUCAUGGGUUUAUAUC